AUGCUGUGUAAAUUGGAGCGAGACAGCUCGUACGUUCGGGAGCUUAUGGAUAAAGUAAAAACAGAAGUGCAAGAAAAAGGCACAUACACGGGGUUGAUAAACCUAAUCCACCAGACCAUCGAAAAAACAACCGAAGAGAACAACAUGAUCCUGAGCCACAUCGCUGGUGAAAAUGCGGUGAAAGACCUGAAGAAAAAGCUCUCACAAGAAAUAAUGGAAAACGAGGAAGAGAUGUCGACCCUUCGCAGACAACUGAACAAUCUAAAAGAUGAAAAACAAAAAAUUGAAUUGAAAAUAAACCGUGAAACUGGAUACACGAGUGCCUGGGAAGCAGCCCAAUGCGAGGAGAAUACGAAACGCUGUAACAUCACACUGGAGUACCUAAGAACAUCCCUGAAAGAUAUCCUAAUCCUGAAGAAAAACGAGUGUAGAGUUGCUCGUGAAAUCGAGGCAUUUCUCAAACAAAAUAUCGCUUUCAACGUGAAAGCUACGGACAACUGGGCGAAAAGGUAUGACCGAGAAAUGCAAAUGUACAGCAAUAGAAAUAAUCAACUGCGAGAAGACAUCGAGAGUAGACGCUCCACUCUUCAGGAACUCGAGGCAAAGUACAGUGAGAGACAGCUGUUUAUUGAGCAGUAUCUCGCAGAAAAAGAUGCUGCCAGAAUUCUCAGGGAGAUGGAGGAGUAUAAAAAGUAUUCGGCCAUUCUGAUACAAUCUUGGUGGAGAGGAGUUAUGGUCAGAAGAAAACUUGGACCCUAUCGGCCGGAUGAGAAGAAGAAGAAGAAGCCAGUGAAAGGGAAAAAAUAAUUUAUCAUUCGA